AUGUUCCAUGAUGUUAUGGCUCUUCUCGCAUUGUCCCUUCUGUCUCUCAGCUCUGCCAUUGACGAAUAUCCAGACUAUGGAAGUGAUGACGGUGUUACCACGAAUGAUACCGAAGCAUAUGGAGUGAUACUCGACUAUAGCGGCAACGGUGAAUUCGUCUACGGAGGAAGGAAUGACACUGGAUAUACUGAAGUGCCUACGUACCUCGUCGUUGGGAUUCUCACUCAGGUGGUCAAAGUGCUCCUACAAUUCAUAUUCGAAAUUCAAGGACUCGGUGACAAUCCUGGAAACCAAAGUAAUGUGGACAUGUUGGGAUCCGGCACUGCUUAG